UAUUGAACGAACUUUUGGAAAAAAUAAGGAGAAAAGAAGAUAUAAUAAAUUUGACAGCUGCUCUUCUCGAAGCUCAAAAAGCCAUUCCAGAAAAAACAAGAGUUUCAAGCAACGAGAAAGAUUUAUUAGCCUUGCAGGAUUCUAAAAUAACUGGUGAACUUAAAAAAGGAGUAUCUGAAGACCUUCCAAUUCCUAUUGCAAACUCAACUACAGAAAUGCAUCUGAAAAAAUCUGAAAAUGACGAGGAUGCUGGAGCAGAUGAAUCAUUUAUGGAUGAAACCGUAGAUUACAUGGAGCCUGCAGAAGUGCAAGUUGUAGUUGAUGGCAUUAACUCAGACAUUCUAAAACUGGCAGAAUUGAAUGGCUGUAGUUACUAUCUUGAUGAAAAAAAUUGGCAAAUUAAGAAAUCUGAAAAAAAUGAAACUGUAACAUCUGCUUCUGAAAGGGGUGAAAAAAUAGGGGAUGAAAAAAUGGACAAGGAAGGAAAAGAACAAAUAGACAAAGAAAAGGACAAAGAAAUAGGCAAGAAAGGGAAUGAAAUCAUCAAGAAAAAAGGAGAUAAAAAAAUGGACAAGAUAGGGGAUGAAGAAAUUGACAAGGAAGGGGAUGAAGAAAUUGACAAGGAAGAGGAUGACCAAUUUGACAUUAGGAGCAAAUUCCGUGUGUAUCUGGUCCCUGAAGAUAACUUGCAGGAAGGUGUAAAGCAUUUGCAGGAGGGAGAUUACUCACAAGCUUUGAAUAUUUUUAAGAAAGAGAUAUUGAUUUAUUCUGAAGAGUAUGUACUGAGAAGUAAAUUGCAUUUUAAGAAUCACAACCUGCAAUGCUGUAUAGCUGAUUUAAAAGUGGCUAUUCAAAUUGAACCUUUCAGCAAACUAGUGUGUAGCUGGUUGAAAUUUCUCUAUAAUAAAUCAAAAAGGUAA